AAAGGAAAAACGUGGGGUUUUUCUCUCCUUCUUUCCCUUUUCCCUGCUCUUUGCAGGCUGAUGGGGGGGGGGAUCGCUGGAAAAAAACUUCAUUUCCUCAGGAAACAGAGUGAAAGCUUUGGCCACAAAGCUGGGACUCCAGGAAUUUGGUGCUAUUGGAGCUGGGGGGGGGCUCCCCCCAAUGAGCAGGGAUUUGUGCCCAGAGCUGCAAGUUCCAGCCAUGUGCAAAGUGUGAAAAUAAGGGGAAAAAGUGAAAGGGGAUGGAAAAAAUACAUCAUUGAAGCCCCGGGUUCAGCAGCGAUAGCAUCUUGCAGUGAAAGGGUUUUCGUCUCCUGGUUCCAGGGCACCAGGGGGGGAUUUUGGGGCUGGAAGCAGAGCUUUUUGGUCAAGCAAAGAGGGAAAAUGCCUUUUUCUUUUAACCCUUUCCCUUCGCCAGGUGGGUUUUGUGCCUGCUGAAACCCAGGCUGUGAUUUGGGAUCCAGGGGUGAGGAUGGGAUUCGGUGUUAACUGCGUGAGAGGAGGUUUGGGAAGGCCGGUAGAGGAAACAGGGCCGAGAACUGGGGCUUUCAUUGCAUGCUGAGGCAUGCAGUGCUGGGUUCAGCUCACCUCAGUGUCCCUUUGGGGACGAUGGCAGCAGGAUGGGGACAUCCGGAUGGGUGCAAACCCCAACCAGGCGCUGCACUGGGGGUGAAGGGAUGUGACCAGUGCCGCUCAGCCCAUCAGUAGCAGGGGUUGGGGUGGGUUUUGGGGUGCUUCCCCCCUCGGUGGGCAGGCAGAGGGUUGUUUUCCCUGGCUGGGUGACAGGGCUGUGCCAGGGGGGAAGGAAACGGCAGAAUGAUAAGGGCUGGCUGCCAACCCCUGAGGUGUCCCCUUGUUUUUCUGCUUGGAGAUGAGAUAAGAGCCAGGCACCAGCACAAGAUAAUGCCCUGGGGACAAGGAGCAGGGAGGGAGCCCGUCGGCAGCCUCAAUUCAAGAUGUCGACCUACAAGCGAGCGACGUUGGACGAUGAAGACCCCCUGGACUCAGCUGGUGAUGGUGAUGGGUACCCCAACGGCUUCCAGGUGAACUUCCGCGGCUCGAGGAGUGCCCCCGGGUGCUGGGCUGAGCGGACGCGCGCCGAGAAGCAGCUCGUGGUGCUGGUGGGGGUGCUGGGGGCCGUGCUGGUGGCGUGUCUGCUGGGUCUCAUCUUCCAGUACAGAGCCCGGGCACCGGCCGUGUGCCUGUCAGAAGCCUGCAUCUCUGUCACCAGCUCCAUCCUCAGCUCACUGGACCAGGCAGUGAAUCCCUGCGAGGACUUCUUCAGCUACGCCUGCGGGGGCUGGAUCAAGGCCAACCCCCUCCCCGAUGGGCACUCGCGCUGGGGCACCUUCAACAACCUCUGGGAGCACAACCAGGCCGUCAUGAAGCAUCUGCUGGAGAACACCACGGCCAAUGUGUCGAGCGAGGCAGAGCGCAAGGCACAGCGUUACUACCAAGCCUGCAUGAACGAGAGCAAGAUCGAGGAGCUGCGCGCCAGCCCGCUCAUGGAGCUCAUCGAAAAGCUGGGUGGCUGGAACAUCACAGGUCCAUGGGCCGGUGACAACUUCAACGCGACGCUGCGGGAGGUGACGGCGCAUUACCGCACCUCACCCUUCUUCUCCGUCUACGUCAGCGCCGACUCCAAAAACUCCAACAGCAACGUGAUCCAGGUGGAUCAGUCAGGGUUGGGCCUGCCAUCACGGGAUUACUACCUCAACAAGACAGAGAAUGAGAAGGUGCUUGCUGGGUACCUGAACUACAUGGUGCAGUUGGGGAUGUUCCUGGGAGGCACUGACGAGGAGUCAACUCGGCAGCAGAUGCAGCAGAUCUUGGACUUUGAGACAGCGUUGGCCAACAUCACCAUCCCACAGGAGAAGCACCGUGAUGAAGAGGUCAUCUACCAUAAAAUGACAGCUGGAGACCUAAAGGAGCUGGCACCAGCCGUGGACUGGAUGCCCUUCCUCAGCACGGUGUUCUACCCCGUGGAGCUCAAUGAGUCUGAGCCCGUCGUGGUCUAUGCCAAGGAGUACCUGGAGCAGGUCUCUGACCUCAUCCUGGCCACAGAUAAAUGCCUCCUCAACAACUACAUGAUCUGGAACCUGGUGCGGAAAACCAGCCCCUUCCUCGACCAGCGCUUCCAGGAUGCUGAGGAAAAAUUCAUGGAAGUGAUGUAUGGGACGAAGAAGACCUGCCUCCCGCGCUGGAAGUUCUGCAUCAGUGACACUGACAACAACCUGGGCUUCGCCCUGGGGGCCAUGUUCGUCAAGGCCACCUUUGCCGAGGACAGCAAGCAAGUGGCAGAGGAAAUGAUUGCAGAGAUUAAAACAGCCUUCGAGGAGAGUCUGGAGACCCUGCAGUGGAUGGAUGAAGAGACAAGGAAAUCGGCCAAAGAGAAGGCAGAUGCCAUCUACAACAUGAUUGGCUACCCCAAGUUCAUCAUGGACCCCAAGGAGCUGGAUAAAGUCUUUAAUGAUUACGAGGCUGUAUCCGACCUCUACUUUGAGAACGUCAUGCAGUUCUACAACUUCUCGGCCAGGGUCACCGCUGACCAGCUCCGAAAACCACCGAACCGGGACCAGUGGAGCAUGACACCACCAACGGUCAAUGCGUACUACUCUCCCACCAAGAAUGAGAUUGUCUUCCCUGCUGGCAUCCUCCAAGCCCCUUUUUACACACGUGCAUCUCCCAAGUCGCUGAAUUUUGGUGGGAUCGGUGUGGUGGUGGGCCAUGAGUUGACACAUGCCUUUGAUGAUCAAGGCCGGGAAUACGACAAGGAUGGCAACCUGCGUCCCUGGUGGAAGAACUCCUCGGUAGAGGCCUUCAAGCGUCAGACAGCGUGCAUGGUGGAGCAGUAUGGCAACUACACCAUCAAUGGAGAGGCUGUCAACGGCAAGCAAACCCUUGGGGAGAACAUCGCUGACAACGGGGGCCUAAAGGCUGCCUACAGGGCAUAUCAGAACUGGCUGAAAAAGAAUGGGGAUGAGGAAACCCUCCCAACGCUUGGCCUCACCAACAACCAGCUCUUCUUUGUUGGCUUCGCGCAGGUGUGGUGCUCGGUUCGCACGCCGGAGAGCUCGCACGAGGGGCUCAUCACUGACCCCCACAGCCCCUCGCGAUUCCGGGUCAUCGGCACCGUCUCCAACUCCCAGGAAUUUGCGGAGCAUUUCAGCUGCCCCCUCGGUUCCCCCAUGAAUCCCUCCAAGAAAUGUGAAGUCUGGUGAUGGGCGAGUGCCUGGAGGGAACCGGCUGCUUCAUCCGAUGGCUGGAUUUCCCAGGUCCUUUUGAGAGGCACAAACCACUUCUCCACGCAAGGAACUGCCCAGCUCUCAGCCACAUUCCCAGGAUCAUCCGAGCUUCAUUCACUGUGAAACUCCUUCAUCCCCUUGCUCGUUUGUGGAAUGACUUCCACCUGGGGGUCUCUUCUUCCCCACCAUGACCGGGCCAUGUGUCCAGGCACGAGUCCAUGGGCACUACCCUGCGUAGUGCUCCAGCCUGACCCACCAUCCCGGCAAAUUCCUCAUUUCCGGAGGUGAUAAAGGGAUCCCACGGCACCGGCAGGUUUGGCUGCGUGUCUGAAGGCACCCGAUGGACCUUCCUCUCUCCAAAGAUGCGCACAUGAGGAUGGAAAAUAUUUUAAGAUAUAUUUUUUGGGGGAGGGGCAAAUAUCUAUUUUUUUCAUGCCUUGUGGAAUACACUGGAAAAUUUCAGGGAAAAUGCAUUUAAAAGCCUUUUUUGUUUUUUUUUUUUUCUUUUUUAAGUAAAAGAUGAGUAUAUUUAUUAAUUCUUUUUUACUCAGUGCAGCUGGAGGUGCAGCACCCUGUGGUGACAGGCUCUCUGCUGGUGAAGCUGGAUGGGGCUGUGGAUGCAACUAUCCAGCCCUGCAUCCUGGUUUCUCUGGGAGGGACUGUCCUUGGGGGAUGCUGAUGGGGACACUGGGGACAGGGCUGGAGGAUGCUGCAGGGCACAGGCUCUGCUGCAGCUCCUGGGAUUAGCUUUCAUUUCAGAGGGACAAGCUGGCGUGCCAAAGGUGUCACCGAGGUGGUGACUGUGGGUGCACCCUCCUGUCCCCUCUGAAGUGAGCUCAGCCAUGAGUUCCUGCCCCAAAAGCUUCCCCAGACAAGUGCAGGCGGUUCCUGCUGCUCCUUUGCGCUCUGCCGUACCCAGCCUCUAUACUGGGAAGCUGCAAACCCCAAAAUCACCCCUUGGCCCCAAACCUCAUCCUUCCAUGGCCGGGUUGGCACUGGGAUGGGGGCAAGGGGCUUUCGUAAGGGUUAUUUGUAAUGUUCUUUUUGCAGUUUUAAGAGGAAACCACUGACAGUAGCUCAGGUGCUGCGUGUUGUCUCGUGGGGCACCUUCUUGCAAAGCUGUAGAGGGAUUUUUAAUAUUUAUAUGUAAAAGGAAGGAUGGGUUGUUUGUUUUUUUUUUUGUAACUAUUUUUUCACCCUAUAUGUGGGGCUUAUUGUUAUUGAAAUAAUAAAUACUUUUUACUUGG